CUAAUGUUUAUUUUUUUGACCUCGGUGUUUAGAUUUGUUCUAAGAAUAGAAUAGCUAUUUCUUUAGUGAUGUUGAUCUCGUUACUUUACGGAGAUUCACAAUGUCUCCUGCUGAAUGGAAACUGUUCUUGUAGAAAUUUUGUUGAUUAUAUCAAGGCUGAAUGCAAGUUUGAAUUUGAAGGAACUCUCGAUAUUUGUGAUGAAAACGGAACUUUACUACAUUUACCAAACAAACCAACCAUGGAAAACCUGGCCCACUUACUGAUCCCACGGGCUAUCUAUAUACCGGUAGUCCUGGAAACUAAACGAGUCAAUGAUAAAACAGUGAAGAAUUUUUCUCCCCUGCUCAACGAUUGGCAGAAAAAAUACCCCGUGUUAGAAAAGAAGUUAAAACAUCAAGUUGAGAAGGGCAAGAGACCGGCAGAAUCACCACCCAAAUCCAAGAAAGACAGAAUGAGGCCAGAUGGUUCAUCACCAGGUGAGAGUCCGAAACGUGCCAGCAGUAAUCGUCUCUCUAGGAAGAAAUAAGGGAUAUCUAUCACAUUAUGUUCUAUUUAUAUCUGUUAUUAUUAAAUUGUUUCUUAUUGUGGUUUUAAAUUUGAACUUGGACCCAAAAUAUGAAAACCCUUAGUGUAGUGUUGUACCAAAAUGAUAUACAUCCAAAGACACUGUCAUACCCCCAGCUUCACAUUUUUAAUUUUGGACCAAAAUAUGAAAACCCUUAGUGGAGAGUUGUACCAAAAAGACAUUUGUCCACACAGCAGCCACUGUCAUACCCCUCCGGCUUCUCAUUUUGGAUCAAAAAUAUGAAACCAUAAGUGCAGAGUUGUCUGAAAAGAGUGUCGAGUUCAUUCAAACAACAGAAGCUUCUACUUCUACUAUUAAAGACGGAACAGAUCAUUCUUUCAAUGAUGUUUAUUGAAAUUUUUGUUAUAUUUUUGUUUUUUGAAAAGAAUUAUUUUCACGUUCCAAUAAUACUAGUAUCCAUGGUAACAUCACCUGUUUUUAGUGAGCAGGUUUUAUAAAGCUUAUCGAAGGUUUCUGGUUGGUCGACUCCUAGGAAAUAUUCCUGUAUUAAAACUGUAGUUAGAUUGUCUUUCUCUGAAAAAAAUAUAUCACCCAG